AUGGCACACCACAAACGCAAACUGUCAGUUUGUCUGCCGGUUCUGAUGAUGAUGAUCGUAAUGGCGUCGGUGGAAGCUCGUAAUCUCCUGGAAGCCACCCAGGCCGACGACGACCUUCCGGAUAAUGAGCCUGAUCUUUCAGAGCCUCAACACCCCGUAGAAUUGCCCCAUUUUCCUUCUCUUCCUCAGCCCACGUUGCCGUCACUGCCGCAGCCGCAGUUGCCGACUUUACCGCUGCCGGAGUUGCCUUCUCUGCCCAUUCCACAGCUCCCAUCGUUGCCUUCGCUGCCGUCGAUUCCUCAGUUUCCAUCCAUUCCUACAUUUCCAAACCCAUCACUUGCAGCAUCCAAAGCUUCUCGGAAGCCAUAA